AUGCGCUUCUUGGCGCGAAGUACCGCCGCCGCAGCAAUGCUGUCGCGGUCGGCGGUGUCUGCGAUCACGCUGGACGUGACCAGUACCGACUCCGUCAAAGCCGCCGCCAGCACAGUCGCCGGCAGGAUGAUGGACUGGUACACCGGCAACCAACCUGGAGGCACACCUGGCAUAUUACCACAGCCAUACUACUGGUGGGAAGCCGGAGCCAUGAUGGGAACAUUAAUCGACUACUGGUACUACACAGGCGACACGAAGUACAAUGAUGAGGUCAGCACAGCACUCCUCUUCCAGCUCAGUCCGACCUACGAUUUCAUGCCGCAGAACCAGACCAAGGACGAGGGCAACGACGAUCAAAUCUUCUGGGCUUUCGCCGCGAUGACCGCAGCCGAAUACAAAUUUCCAAACCCUCCCUCCGACCAGCCGAGUUGGACCUCCCAAGCACAAGCUGUAUUCAACAGCCAGGCAAAUCGCUGGGACUCGCAGAACUGUGGAGGCGGUUUGCGGUGGCAGAUCUAUCAAUGGAAUGCUGGCUGGGACUAUAAGAAUUCUCCCAGUAAUGCUGGUCUGCUCAACUUAGCUUCUCGUCUUUAUGCGUACACUGCGAACGAGACGUAUGCAGACUGGACCAACAAGAUCUGGAACUGGAUGGACGGCGUGGGUCUCCUCAGCCCACAGUACGCUGUAUUCGAUGGUACCAGCAUUAGCGACAACUGUUCGACUCUUGACCACAACCAGUGGACGUACAGCGCAGGCAUGAUGCUGAACGCUGCUGCGACCAUGUACAACGUGACACAGAACGAGACGUGGCAUGAGAGAGCGCUUGGUAUCUGGAAAACAUCCGCAGCGGACUUCUUCAAGAACAAAGUCAUGUUUGAGAUCUGCGAGCCGACGAACAAUUGCGAUACCGAUCAGCAAAGUUUCAAAGCCUACUUCGCACGAUGGAUGGCCGAGUCCACAAAACGUCUCCCAGAGCUCUACGACCUCGUCCAACCAUACCUCGCGACCUCCGCCCAAGCCGCCGCAGCCCAAUGCUCCGGCGGCGACGACAAAACCACCUGUGGCACGAAAUGGACCACUAACGGCGUCUGGGACGGCACGUACGGUGUCGGCCAGCAAAUGUGUGCGCUCUCAAUCAUUCAAGCCAAUCUCAUCCAAGACGCUGCGUCACCCGUAUCGGAAAAAACGGGUGGCACGUCAAAGGGUAAUGCCAGUUUUGGCACCGGCACGGAUCAGACUACGCCUGUGACGUUCGAUCCUAUCACUACGGCGGAUAGAGCUGGGGCGGGGAUUUUGACGGUGCUUGUUCUUGUGUUGACGGUUAGUGGGGCUUGGUGA